AUGCAACUCGUCCUCGCUCUGAAAGACAGCGCGCCGGCCGCACAGCUCGCGCCGGGCUUUGUCACCUUCCGGAAGAACGAUCUGAUGGCCGUGAUUGGCGAGAUUCCCGCUGGCGCGACUGGUUCUACAGCAUUGACAGUGCGCACAGUGCUCGGCCAGACUGGCCAGAUUCUCAUGCAAGACGUUCGAGUGCACGACCCGAGCCAGGACGCGGAGGACGACGACGACGAUGCCGCUCCACCGAUGCUCGAGCCUGUCGCUCGCCCAAGUGCAUCCAACCUCGCCGUUGCUGCAGUCCCUGUGGCUCCUGCACGCUCGCCCAAGCCACAAGCUGCAUCCGAGGCAGCCGCAGAAGAGGUCGUCAUUCACAAGAAUCUCAUCCAUUUGGUGCGCGCACACACGGGUCUGAGCUUUGAAAAGUCUCGAACGGCCGUCGAGGCGGUUUUGUUCUACCUGCAGAACGCCGACGCUUCGCUCGCUGGACCGCUCACCGCUGCUGUCAAGUUGCCCUCCGACUUGCGUCCGAAUACCCGGGACCAGGACCGCCUGUCCAGCAUUUUUGCAGCACUCCUGGCUGCCAAGAACGACUCUCAGCAGCGCAACUGGCGUUCCCACGACGAUGCGAGCGAUCUUGCCGAGAACUUGACAGAGAUGACGAGCAUCCUCAUGGACACGGAUCCCGACCUCGCCCGUGCUAUGCUCUCGCAGGACGACUACGAGAUCGUUCAUGGUCUCGUGGACUAUUACAUGAUGGAGACGCGCACGCCUCUUCGCAUUCUUGUCCUCAAGAGCCUCGCCGUCAUGAUCAAGGCUCACGAGCGCGUGGUUUCCAUUUUGCUGUCUUCGCUGCUGCCCAAAGAGCUGGCACGUGAUAUUCUCGCCGAGACAAUUCCUGAAAUCGAGUGGCUCUUGCAAGCUGUGAAAGUCUGCACGAUGGUGUAUUCGACCGGCGAGCAGUGUCCCAUUGCCAAUUACGAUUUCUGGAACAUUGAGUUCAUCCUGCACAUUGUCAACAAGAUCGAAAACGGCGCACAUCUCGGCUUUACGGAAGAGAUGGUUGAUAGCCUGAUUGCGUUGCUCCUGAGCUUCAAUCUGCACUUCUCGAUCGAUUCGCCCUCCCUCUCCGCUCCUCACCGUGACAAUAUUGUCAUGAAGGCUCUGGAGCAGCAGUCCUCUGCCGCCUGUCUUGGCGAGCGCGUUCUGUACAUGUUCAACCGCAAUGGGCGCAUGCAUUCGCUGGAAAAGUUCCUGAAGGACUUGUUCACGGCCAAUUUCUUCUACAGCAACGAUUUGAAUGUGCUCAUGGACAUUAUCAUUCGGCAACUCGAAAACCUCGAGCAGCUCGAGGAGCGUCGGUUUGAAUCGCUGGACAUUCUCUAUCGUCUCAUGUUUGUGACGGAUUAUUCCUCGACGCGCUACCGAGUGAACGACCUCCGCACCUGCCUCACUCGGCUUGGGCGCGAAGAGGCCAACGGAGACGCUGCGGUGGCCGCUUUCAGCAUUCUUGCCACAAAGUUGCGCGAUGUGUUUUGCGGCGAAGAAUAG